AAAAAAAGACAUACAAGAACUAUAAAACUAAAAAGAACUCACAAACACAACGGGCUUGAUCCAAUCUCGCAACUGUAAUACCAGGAUGCUAAGCCACUUUGUUCUCCUUUCGCUUGCAUUAAUUUCAACAAUCCGACUUGUUAAUUCGCACGAAGAGAAAGGUGAGUGGAGCUGCAACUCACCCUCUCAUAUCCGAGUCAAUGCCGAGUUCAGGCCCGGAAUCGUCACUCUCGACGGCCAUGCUGAUGAUUGGAAAACCAUUGAUGGCUAUGAAUUCUCUCUCUUAAUUGCUGUUGACCCAGAUGCUGAAAGUGAAUAUAGAGGUGGAAAAAUGACUGUCAAGUCCUUGCAUGAUGGUCAUGAUGUCUUCUUCCUGCUGCAAGUAGAUGGAGAAUAUGUGUACUCUAAAGGGAAAAACACUGAAUGUCCCUCUGUAGCUCUUAUGUUUCAGAUCGGUGAAAAUGCAUCUUACCAUAGAAUGGGUGGAUGUGGGGAAGGACCAGAUACUUGCACCAGAAAGAAUUGCCAUGGGCAUGAAGUAGAUAUCAUGCAUUUUUCAUUAGGAACUGCUAUACCAGGGCGACUCUAUGGUGGCAAUUUGGUGGACAAUAGCCUUGGGUAUGGAGGAGGGGACAGGUCUGGCCAUUUGGUUGAUGUAUAUGCUUGGAACCCUCACUGCCGAUAUCUUGAUGGUGCUGGUCCUUCAGGAAAUGAUUCUAGUGCACAGAAUAACUGGAGUGGGGCAUGGUGGCACAGUAGCUUAACUGUUCAUUCAGGUUUUGUGGAGGAAGACAGCCCAUAUGCAGAUGCAAAUAAAAAGGGCACAUAUAAUUUUGAAUUUUCAAGGCCUUUGAGAACAAUGGACCGCCUUCAACAGGAUGCUCAGUUUGCAAUUGGCAAGUCAACCAACUUCUCUGUAGCUUUCUGGUACCCAGAGAAUAAGAAGCCGUGGCAUGGAUCGGGACACUACUCUAUUAACUGUGACUGGAUACCGCUGAAUAUAGUAUCAGGCAAAACUGGUGCUCCCAAGGAAGCAGAAAGUAGUUCAUGGAACACAGUCACGGUUUUGUCAUUCCUCUUCUCUCUUGCUGCGUUUAGCACAUCCAUUUUUGUCGGAUACCGAGCUGCUACUUCACCCAAGACUAUUCCCUUCACACCCAUGGAGACUCUGUAGGAGACAUGACCGGAAUUAAAUUCAGUGCUCACUUUUAAGGUCGCGUAGAUUAUCGGCUAUACUAAUACAUUGAAAACACAGAGAGAGAUUUUACCCAUGUAAGUGAUAGUUAUAGCAAAGUUUUCAUGAUCUAUGGAACAUAUUUUUGUAACUAAUUUAUUGAAAAAUGUUUUGUUGGCUUUAUAGCACUCAGACCACCCAGGUAUUAUUGAUGACACACAUAAACCAUCAAAGUUCA